GUACCAUCACCAAUUUAGUCCACACGUUUGCGUUUAAGAAAAAAUGGAUAUUCCUAAGCUAUCGAAUGCUCUCCGGGAUUUGCCCAACAGAGUUCUCAACGUGUCCGUGGAGGAGCGCCUGUCACUCUUUCAGAAUGUCUGUGCGGUGCUGGACAAUCCCGGUGUAAAUUCAGCCAUCAUUCGAGGUAUAUGUAAAGUAAUAGGGACGACGCUGACAAAGUACAAGGAUCCACCAUCUCAGCUACUAGUUCGGAAGCUAAUUUGUGAUCUUUUAACAUUUCAUCAUGAUUUAACUAUUGAACAUAUGUUGUCUGUCAUUAAAACACUUCUGCUGAAGGAAUUACCAUUGACAGCUGCUCAUAAGUCAUGCAGAUCGGCUGUGGUUGCCUUAGGAUGGAUUUGUCUGCUAUUGAAGAAUACCGACCGAGGCUCAAAUAUUUUUAAAACUGAAAAAUUGCGAAUGCUUGAAUAUCAGUCGAUGCUAUACCAAACAACUUUACUAGCCCAAAAUGCACGUGUUACGGAAGCAGCUACAAAAAUCAUAUACGAUUUAUGGGAGAAUAAAAAUAUCUUCGAUGAAACGAUGAUUGCGCUAUUUGAAAUGGAUGCAACUUCAAACGUUACAAUAAUGAUAAUGAUGAUGAUACGAUUCGAGACAGAACGCAAGCAGUUGAAUAUACUGAAAACCUAUAAAAUUAAAGCUGUCGAAUACUUUGUGAAAAGUAUGAUACUGUGCAAAUCAAAGCCGGAAAAGCCUUUCAUAACUGCUUGUCAACCAUUAUUAUCAACACUUAAUGAUUCUGAAUUUAACUCGUACAUCUACAAUGAUUUACAAAAGUCAAUAUUAAGGAGUCCUGAAAAUACACUAGAGAGCGUUGGAUUAAUUUUUGAUCUUGUCAAUAUUGAUUGCAGUCCUUACGCUUCCCAAAUCGGAACUGUUUUAAUCAAAAAGUUGUACAGCGAUGGAGAACUUGCUCGACGCGAAUCCUUGGAGUCCUUAAAGAAUCUAUCGCAGAAGUGCUCCGAUGGCAACAUUAUAAAAAAAUUGUUGGAACUUAUUUUCUCUAUUUUGAAUGGAUCUGAUGGAAAAAUAAAUGUUGUGGAAUAUAGAAUCAAUUUGCUGCAGGGUGCUGGUUACUUAAGCUUUAAUAAUGUAACUGCGGAUAAUUCAGACGAUAUUUUAAACAGAGCUGUUGAUUUAUUCUGGAAAGCGCUUGAUACUGAAUCACAGGAAAAAGUGAUAUGCUGUACACUGGAGAUGUUUGGUUUGUGGUGCGGAAAAUUUAAGAAUGAGCUACCCACUGUGAUUAUAAACAUUUUCAAAAUUGGCAUUGAACAAAAGAACACAACUCAAAUUAUUCGUCAAAGUUACCUGGAAUGGUUGCUGUCAUCUAUACAAAAUGCCAAAGUCAAGGAUACCAGCAAUAUAGUACCAACCUUAUAUGCGUUGUAUUCAAAAGCACUACAGCAUUUUCCGCAACCCUCUUAUGUGUCAGAGGCCGCGUGUAUUGCCUGUAUUUUGUUAAUUUUAGAUGAACCAUCCGAAUCGUAUUCAUACUUCUGGAGCUCCAUAUUUGACAUGAGUAAGCAGCAUUUCUUUAAUGAAAAAUUCAUAGCGACAGCAGCACCGGAAACCUUAUGCCACAUCUCGUUUAUGGCGAAAAUAUUAUUAAAAUCGUAUUUAGAUCAAAUCAAGGGUCCUGUCGAUCAGUUGCAUCGAGCCUUGCUCAACAAUUUAUGCAGCAGUUCACUGAAAGUAAGAAAUUACACAAAAGGACAAGUUCGCGAAAUCACAAAAAGUGCAGAUGGUGUAGAUUUUGUUAAGCUUUCUCUCAAAGAGUAUAGUCAUUUUAUAAAUACUGCAAAAAAUCAAAAUGAAAUCGACAAUUGCAUAGAUCAGAAUGGUACUUCAAAUCAAGCCUUUGUCGAAGCACUAGAAGUUAUAUGCGGCCUAGAAAAUGUUUCGCAUGAGGACUCCCUUGAGUUGACAACACUACUUUUAGAUAUUGCCAAUUGUCCAGCUGUAUCAUCCAGUAAUCCAUAUUUUUGGGAAAAUACCAUUGAGAAAAAUUUUCACUUAAAUCCCGAACAUUUUAUUGCAUUAAACAAAGCCGAAAUUAUUGAGACCUAUGUAGAUAAUUUCAAAAUUUGCCGAGCUUAUGAAAAUAUUAUUGCUUCACUAGUGCGAAUAAAUCCGCAAAUAAUAGUACCUCCCAUUAUAAUGCGAAUAAAAAAAUAUCUAAAUGAUGAUAGCAAUUUUGGCAUUAGUAAUGAAGAAUUUUUGAUAUUUAUGACCCCUGAUGGCGAGUUGUACGAUAAAAGUGUAAUUCCACAUGUAGACGCCCAAUAUAAAACGAUUGGUGUUAAGCGAGAAAAUAAAGUCUACAGUUAUAAGGAACAGUUGGAGGAAAUUCAACUUCGUCGUGAAAUUGACGAGAAACGUCAAAAAGAGGGCAAAUCCAAAACCGUAAAAUUAACGCAGAAGCAACAGGAAUUAAUCAAAAACCAAACAGAGAAGGAACUGCGCAUAAAAUCGCGCGUUCAAGAAAUGUAUGAGAAAUUAAUGUGUGUCAUCAGCUUGCUUAAAGCUUCUUGUUUUGGAAACGAAAAAUAUCUUGCGUUACAUUUUCAUACGUUAUUAGAUGAUAUUCUACGAGCAACUCACAGCCCUCUGAGCGCUGAGCCAUUGACCGAUCUAUACUAUUUCUUGCAUAAAAUGUGUUUUAAGGAUCAUUCAGAUGUGGGUCGCUCAAUUUCCAUUGCAACACUAAGACUCCAAAAUCCAUCUUGCCCAUUAAAGGAGGAGUGGAAUGCCAACAACAUCAAUGAUAGCAUCAUCGAUAUUAUAUCAAAUAUCAAUAAGCUUGUAGUUAUCCAGUCGAACAUAUUGGAUUCACAAUCUUUUUCAUACGCCUUUGAAUUUCUGAAACGUGCAAUUACUUGCUUAAAUGAUAAUGCAAAUGAGGAAAUUAUAUUGACAAGUAUAAAGCUAAUGGAAAUCCACGUGAAACCCCAACAGGUUGAAAAUGCUGACAGUAAUCAUCCAAAGUAUUUGCCAAGGCUGGGCAUGUUUGAAAUACUGCUGUAUUUAAUCAAAAAUACAACACCGGCAAUUCAACCCCAAGCUGUAAAUGCGCUCUUGGAAGUUGCAAAAGUUUCAUCUGGUGGUAAAUUAAAUGCCACUCCAGAUAAUCGUAUAAUUGAAUUAUUUUUAGAAGCUUUGCAAAGCAAUAUCGAUACGACUAGGGAUGUAGCAUUGCGUGCAAUUCAAAUCAUGAUUAAACCAUUAAUUGACUAUGCAAAAACUGAUGCCGACUUGGAAAAACAAAUUAUCGCGAGAUUGUGGAUUGCUAAAUUUGAUAUCUCAUCCGAUAUCAGAAGACUCGCCGUCGAUGUGUGGGACUCUUCUGAAUAUCCAUAUCCCGAGUUUAACGAUAUUAUUCGAGAUAUUACACAUGCCGAACUAUGCAUACAAAAAGCAUCCGCGGAGUCCUUAAUACCAUUGAUAAUAAAAGACAACAGCCUAAUUAAAUGUGGACUAAUGAAAAUGCUGGCAAUUUAUAAUGAAAAGCUCACUUUGAUUCCGCCAAAACUGGAUAAAUUUGAUCGUGAAAUCGAACCCGCUUCUGAUCAGUGGAAGCCGCGCAGAGGUGUCGCUAUUGCAAUAUCUCAAAUUGCACAGUUUUUGUCCAUUGAAGACAUCAAUUAUUUAAUGCAAUUUAUGGUAUCCCAGGGCCUUGGUGACCGCGAAGAAAUUGUCCAUAAAGAAAUGUUAGCGGCUGCACUGAAAAUAGUUGACUUGCAUGGCAAAGAGACAAUUGUCAGCUUACUGCCCGUCUUUGAAGAGUUUCUCGAUAAGGCACCCAAGUCACAAAGCUUUGAUAAUAUUCGUCAGGCUGUUGUUAUUCUGAUGGGUUCGCUGGCUAGACAUUUGGAAAAGGAUGAUAAGCGAAUUGAUCCCAUAGUCAAGCGAUUAAUAACUGCCCUGUCUACACCAUCGCAACAAGUUCAGGAAGCGGUAUCAAACUGUUUGCCACAUUUGAUGCCAUCGGUUAAAGAUGAAGCUCCAGCAAUGGCUAAAAAACUACUACAGUCAUUGGCAAAAUCCGACAAGUAUGGAGAGAGAAGAGGUGCUGCCUACGGCAUCGCUGGCAUCGUGAAAGGUCUUGGCAUCUUAUCGCUGAAGCAGCUGGACAUCAUGUCGAAGCUAACGUCCUACAUACAGGACAAGAAGAACUACAGAUGUCGUGAGGGUGCUCUAUUUGCCUUUGAAGUCCUAUGCACUACUCUUGGCCGUUUGUUCGAGCCAUAUAUUGUCCAUGUCUUACCGCAUUUGUUGCAAUGCUUUGGCGAUUCCUCGCAAUACGUGCGACAAGCUGCCGAUGAUACUGCCAAGGUGGUAAUGGGCAAACUGUCUGCUCAUGGAGUUAAGCUGGUGCUUCCGUCUCUGUUGCAAGCUCUCGAUGAGGAUUCAUGGAGGACAAAAACCGCAUCCGUGGAAUUACUUGGUGCUAUGGCAUUUUGCGCUCCCAAACAGUUGUCUUCCUGUUUGCCAAGCAUUGUACCAAAAUUGAUCGAAGUUCUCGGAGACUCCCACACAAAGGUACAAGAAGCCGGUGCUGAUGCUCUCAAAGUAAUCGGAUCCGUUAUAAAGAAUCCUGAAAUUCAGGCCAUUGUUCCAGUUUUAUUGAAAGCAUUGGAAGAUCCUUCUAACAAUACGUCAGCAUGUCUUCAAAGCCUACUAAAAACAAAAUUCAUUCAUUUUAUUGACGCCCCAUCGUUGGCUCUGAUAAUGCCAGUAGUUCAAAGAGCAUUCAUGGAUCGAUCGACAGAAACAAGAAAAAUGGCUGCCCAAAUUAUAGGUAAUAUGUACUCGCUCACAGACCAAAAGGAUCUGACACCUUAUCUGCCCAGUAUAAUUCCCGGCCUGAAGUCCUCUCUGCUGGAUCCCGUUCCGGAAGUCCGAGCUGUGUCGGCACGUGCCCUAGGUGCAAUGGUGAAGGGAAUGGGCGAGUCCUCAUUCGAAGACUUGCUGCCAUGGCUGAUGCAAACCCUCACCUCGGAAUCGAGUAGCGUUGACCGCAGUGGCGCAGCCCAGGGUCUGUCUGAGGUCGUUGGAGGACUGGGCGUAGAGAAGAUGCAUAAGUUAAUGCCGGAAAUCAUUUCGACGGCAGAACGAACCGACAUCGCUCCACAUGUCAAGGAUGGGUACAUUAUGAUGUUCAUCUAUAUGCCAGGGGCAUUUCCCGAGGAAUUCACGCCAUACAUUGGCCAAAUAAUUAAUCCCAUACUCAAGGCGUUGGCCGAUGAAAGUGAAUAUGUGAGGGACACGGCCCUCAAAGCUGGACAACGAAUUGUGAACUUAUAUGCAGAGACUGCAGUUGCCCUGCUGCUGCCCGAGCUGGAGAAGGGUCUAUUUGACGAGAACUGGCGCAUCAGAUAUAGCUCGGUACAGCUGCUCGGCGACUUAUUGUAUCGCAUAUCGGGUGUCUCUGGCAAGAUGACUACAGAAACUGCCAGUGAGGAUGAUAAUUUCGGCACGGAACAAUCGCACACAGCCAUUAUUCGAUUCUUGGGCGAUGAACGCCGCAAUCGAGUCCUAUCUGGUCUUUAUAUGGGACGAAGUGACGUCUCCUUGAUGGUGCGUCAAUCGGCAUUGCAUGUCUGGAAAAUCGUUGUUACAAAUACGCCGAGAACAUUGCGUGAGAUUCUGCCAACAUUGUUUGGCUUGUUGCUGGGAUGCUUGGCAAGCACCAGCUACGAUAAACGUCAAGUGGCUGCACGCACUUUGGGAGAUCUGGUGAGAAAACUGGGUGAACGGGUUUUACCUGAAAUUAUACCAAUACUCGAGAGUGGAUUGAAUUCGGAGCAGGCAGACCAAAGGCAAGGUGUUUGCAUCGGUCUAUCUGAGAUUAUGGCGUCCACAUCCAAGGAAAUGGUCCUAACCUUCGUGCACAGUUUGGUUCCGACUGUGCGCAAGGCUCUGGCCGACCCCCUGCCCGAAGUUCGUGUGGCAGCUGCAAAAACCUUUGAUUCGUUGCACAGCACGGUGGGUUCGCGGGCACUCGAUGACAUUCUGCCCUUCAUGCUGGAAGGUCUCUCCGAUCCCGAUCCUUUGGUUGCGGAGAACACGCUCGACGGACUGCGUCAAGUGAUGUACAUAAAGUCACGAGUUGUUUUGCCAUACCUGGUGCCACAGUUAACUGCCCAACCAGUGAACACAAAAGCACUCUCGAUAUUAGUCUCGGUUGCUGGAGAUGCUUUGACGAAAUACCUUCCAAAAAUUCUAUCUGCAUUGCUUGAGACCUUGUCGCAAUCGCAUGGUUCGGUAAAUGAAUUACAAGAAUUGGAGUACUGUCAGACAGUGAUUUUAUCCGUGACGGAUGAGGUUGGAAUACGAACCAUAAUGGACACUCUCAUGGUUUCGGCAAAGUCGGACAAUUCGUGCACACGUAAAUCGUCGGCAAGUUUACUUUCAGCUUUCUGCAUUCACUCGCCGGGCGACUAUUCUCAAUAUAUUCCUCAACUUCUGCGCUGCUUACUGCGGCUGAUGGCCGAUACGGAUAAGGGAAUAAUUCAAAAUGCUUGGGAAGCAUUGAAUGCUGUCAUCAAAAGCCUAAGUCCCACGGACCAAAUUGGUUACGUGACCGAUCUUCGCCAGGCAGUCAGGUUUGCUGCCAGUGACUUGAACGAGGCGGAAUUACCUGGUUUUUGCUUACCAAAGGGCAUCACUCCCUUGUUGCCAGUCUUUCGAGAGGCUAUCCUUAAUGGCUUGCCCGAAGAAAAGGAAAAUGCCGCCCAAGGCCUCGGUGAAGUUAUAUUCCUUACUAGCGCCAGCUCUUUACAGCCAUCUGUCGUGCAUAUUACUGGACCUUUGAUUCGAAUUUUAGGAGAUCGUUUUAAUUCUGGUGUGAAGGCAGCUGUUCUCGAAACUCUGGCGAUUCUGCUCCACAAGGUUGGUGCCAUAUUGAAACAGUUCUUGCCACAACUUCAGACGACCUUCCUAAAAGCCCUACAUGAUCAGAAUAGAAAUGUUCGCAUGAAAGCGGGAAAAGCACUUUCCGAAUUGGUAGCGAUUCACUCGAGAGCUGAUCCGUUGUUUGUUGAGAUUCACAACGGAAUCAAAAGUUCGGAUGAUUCUGCUGUGAGGGAAACGAUGCUGCAUGCACUGCGUAGCAUUAUUAGUCCGUCGGGCGACAAAAUGUCGGAGCCAAUCAAGAAGCAAAUAUUUGCAACAUUAUUGGGUCUAGUUGGGCAUCAGGAGGAUAUAACGAGAAGUGCAGUUGGCGGCUGCCUGGGAGCAAUGCUAAAAUACAUGCCACCAGCACAAGUUUCUGAUUUGUUAAAUAAUAGCAUACUUACGGAUAAUGCGGCGGAAGAUUCAUUUACCAAGCAUGGCUACACAAUUAUUCUGUUUGUUGCAUUGAAGGAGUGUCCUAGGGAGAUAUUGACAGCAAAUCUCGUCGAUCGAGUAAUUGGCCACAUAUUAGUUAAUAUUGUAUCGGACAAGGUGCCCAUUGCAUGUAAUGCGGUUCGAGCUGCGACAUAUCUUCUGGAAUACAAGCUCGUCAAUAAUGAGGAUCCCCCCAACAGCCUGAUUGUGGCCCUUGCCAGGGCAAUGAACCACAAUAGCAAUGACGUCAAGCAGCUAGUUGCAAAGAGUUGCAUACACCUUUCGAAAAGUCUUAGUGCUGAGCAAAUACAUCUCGAUGUUUUGAAGACUUUGGUGCCAACACUUGUGAAUGGUACUAAAGAGAAAAAUGGCUAUGUGAAAUCCAACUCAGAAUUAGCUCUGAUAUCCAUAUUAAGAUUAAGAACUGAUGAGACAACAUUCAAGAAAACUUGCGAAGUUUUGGAGACUGGAGCUAAAGACUCUUUAAGUGAUGUAGUAACAAAAGUUUUAAAAAGAGUCGCUACUCAAGUCGCUGUUAAGGAGGACAAUUUAGACGACACAUUACAAGUUUGAAUGUUCGUAAUUCGCAGAAAUCGUAAUGCAAUUAAAAUCAUUGUUACAAAUGUAAGAAAAUGUAUCUUAAGAUAACGUAUUUAUCAAGUAAUAAAAUCAUACAAAAAAAAGUUUAAGCCUA